AUGCACCUUCCAAACAAAAAAGAAAGCUGCAUUUUAGUAAUACGCGCCUCCUUAUCCACGGAGUUGGAAAAUAUCCUGCAGAGAGAUCGCCGAGUAAAUAAGUCUUCUUUUCUGUCGCGCACAUUCAUCGCGAGCAUACUCUGCUCCACAAAGAAGUCCAGUGAUCAAUCAAAAAUUUCGACCGGAAGUUUGCUGACCUUGAAUACUGCAGGCGCAAAGUUGGAGCAACCGGCACUUACGAUUUGGAUUGCUUCAAGCUUAUUUGUCUUAUGUUUGCUCAUUGGAUACCAAAUCAUCGCGCGAUCCCAAACAUGUGGGAACCGACAAAGAAAUCCUGCUAGCAACAUCGUCGUGCUUCAUCCCGCGUUACACAUAGAGUCGGAAUUACGCACCGGUGAGUUGAACGAAGAAAGUAUUGAAUGCGAAAGCUGCUUUUGAACCAGAUAUACGAUGUGGAGACUUUAGAUUAAUGGAUUACAAUACGAAGAUACAACAUAUAAAGU